CAGGCUUCAUGUUUCACAAAGGAGGAAGCUGUCAAAAAAAUACAAGCAAAGCUGCUGUGACAAUGAGGCACUUCUUCCUCAUUCUGUUUCCCUAUCUUGGUGUGUUUGGCAUUCAGGGGGCUUCAGAUUUCAGGAUCUGUGCCUUUAACCUGCAGCAUUUUGGGGAGUCCAAAGCCAAGAAGCAGGAUGUCAUGCAGAUGUAUGCUAAGAUCAUCACACGGUGCGAUGUGAGUCUGCUUCAGGAAGUGAGAGACAACAAACAAAAAGCUUUGCCCCAGUUGCUUGAGCAUCUAAACAAGUAUGACCUUAAUCACGAGUACAAAGCUGUGGCAAGUGCGAGACUGGGCAGAUCUGAAACAUACCAGGAGCAGUAUGUGUUUGUCUACAGGGCUGAUAGAGUGACUGUAACGGGCCAGUAUCAGUACCCAGACGACAGGCCAGGAGAUGUUGAUGCGUUCUCCAGAGAGCCGUUCGUUGUCCGCUUCAAAGCUCCAGACACUGCGAUCAAGGAGUUUGUCCUCAUCCCACAACAUACCAGUCCAGCUAACGUCUUUAAGGAGCUUGAUGCACUGUAUGAUGUUAUGCAGCAUGUGAGGAGGAUGUGGAAAACUGAGAAUGUGAUGCUUCUUGGGGACUUCAAUGCUGAUUGUUCCUACCUUUCCAAGAGGAGCCGCGGGAAAUUGCGCUUGUUUACGGACAACAGUCUGUUCUGGUUGAUGCCAGAGAAGUCGGACACAACUGUCCGAGCGACCACUUCCUGCGCCUAUGACAGGAUUGUUGUGCAUGGAGACGUGUUUUCUAAUGCAGUGGUACCCUUUUCAGCCAAGCCCUUUAACUUUCAAAUGGAAUAUCGUCUUACAGAGGAAGAGGCACUCAAGGUGAGUGACCAUUACCCCAUUGAGGUCCUGCUGAAGAAUAACGCAUCAAAAGUUUCGUUUAGCCUCUUCCUGGUCUCUCUUCUUAUAUUCAUCUUAAGAUGAAUCAACCAGUUGGAUGGGAAUCCUAUCAGAGGUGGUGUAGUAUCAUGAAAUGAACCUCUUAUUUUACAAAGUAAUAAUCAUAAUAAUUCAGGUAAAACACAGCAAACUCUCUUACCUCACAGAAAAUCUCGAUCUCUUGCAAGGAUCUCCGUGCUGGAAGUGUGAGCUUUUGAACUUUGGUAAAUAAAAGGACAUAGCAGAAGUGAUAAGAUCAGCCCUGGGAAUUGGAGACUCUAAAUUGCCCGUAGGUGUGAAUGUGAGUGCGAAUGGUUGUUUGUUUGUAUGUGCCCUGCGAUUGGCUGGCAACCAGUUCAGGGUGUACCCCGCCUCUUGCCCGAUGAUAGCUGGGAUAGGCUCCAGCACGCCCGCGACCCUAGUGAGGAGAAGCGGCUCAGAAAAUUGAUGGAUGGAUGGAUGGAUAGUUACAAUAAAUGUUUCUUCAAAUACAGGUACAGCACAUCUCAAUAAAUUAGAAUAUGGUCGAGAAGUAAAUCUAUAUGAAAAUACAUUUCAGAGGGCAAAUUCCUGCCUAAUUUCUACAUAAAAAACAGUUACAUUGUUUCUUGAUUGUUUGAUACGUAAUAUUCUAGUUAGUAUUCUAGUGUUCUUUAUCACACAUCUAUCAGUAGUUAACUAUGAGCCAAAAGAUGUGCAUUACAAGUGCAUUAUUUUUCAUAUUGGAAGAGUUUGUGGUUGUGAUGCUAUAAGCAAUGUUUGCUUUCUGUUUGUAUGCGAACUAUGUCAACCGAAAUUAAUAAACAAGACUGCCUAUUGUUGUU